AUGUUCACCAAUUCCAUCCUCUUGGCUGCUUCCGCUGCACUGUCAUGGGUCAGUGCUUCACCAAUACAUCUGCGCUCCGAUUACAAUGUCAAGGAAUCCAAUAACGUCCCUCCCGCGUGGUCUCAUGUCGGCGUCCCUCAUCCUCUCCAUCUCUUGACCCUCAACAUCGGCUUACAGCCAAAUAAUUUUGAUCUCCUCGAGCAGCACCUCCAUCAGGUCUCCAACCCAUCCCACGAACGCUACGGCCAACAUCUGUCCCAACAAGAAGUUCACGACCUUCUUAGGCCGUCUGAUGAGACGUACCACCUAGUUCAAGACUGGCUGGCUGACAAUGGCAUUGACCCGUCUCACUGUCAAGUCAACUCGGUUCGAGAUUGGGUCACGGUCAUUCUCCCUGUCAACAAAGCUGAAGAACUACUUGACACCAGGUACUCCAUCUACCAACACCAAGACGGUACCAGACUCAUUCGAACCACGAGCUGGUCUCUCCCACGCUCGCUUCAUGACCAUGUGACCACUAUUCAGCCCACCACUGCGUUCCUUCGAGCCAACCCCAAAUCCAGCACACUGAUUGAUGUUCCCACGGACAUUGACAUUUCCCAAGUCACAGCCGCCGCCAAUGCUACAACCAUCAAAAGCUCCUGCAACUUUGGUGGUAUGACACCUAAAUGCCUGAGGACCCUGUACAACACCGUCAAUUACAAGCCUCAGGCUGCCCACAAUAAUUCAGUCGGCUUCACCAAUUAUCUGGGCCAAGUGUCGAACCGAUCGGAUGCUCAGACCUUUUUGCGAAACUUCCGUCCUGAUGCUGUCGACUCCGCCCACGCUAUCACCCAGGUCUCGGUGAAUGGUGGACCUGUUGACAAUGGCACAUCAAAAGCAGGUUUAGAAGGCAACCUUGACCUGCAGACGAUGCUUGGUAUUGUCUAUCCCACGCCUGUCACCUUGUACUCUACCGGCGGCGAACCCCCCUUUCUGCCCGAUGACUUUGUCCAAACUAAUACGAAUGAGCCCUACCUGACUUGGCUUCUCUUCCUGCGCGACCAAGAUAUCAACACCAUUCCCAAAGUGAUUUCCACCUCCUAUGGUGACCAUGAACAGACUGUACCGCAAAGCUACGCUAAGACCGUGUGCAAUCAGUUCGCGGCCCUGGGCGCUCAGGGGAUCUCGCUGUUCUUCAGCUCCGGGGACUCUGGUGUAGGUGAUAACUCCAGUUGUAUCACCAAUGACGGGCUGAAUCGAACUACAUUCGUUCCUGUUUUCCCAGCCUCUUGUCCGUACGUUACCAGUGUCGGCGGAACUAUGAACUAUCCCGAAGUUGUCGCCUUCGACACCCAGAAUUCGUUUGCCUCUGGAUCUGGUUUCAGCAAUUACUUUACUCGACCGAAAUGGCAAAACACAUCCGUGGAGCGAUACCUCGAUACCAUUGGCGACAAGUUCAAAGGGUUGUACAAUCGGUCGGGUCGCGCGUACCCUGAUGUGGCGGCUCAGGGGUACAAGUAUCUCAUCUUUCUAGGCGAAACCAUCCGAAGUGUCGAUGGCACGAGCUGCUCUGCCCCAACCGUGGCCAGCAUCUUCUCGUUGGUGAAUGACGCCCUCGCUGCAGCAGGGAAACCACCUAUGGGCUGGCUCAAUCCUUGGCUCUACGACAAAGGCUUCGCGGCAUUCACUGAUGUUGUCAAUGGCAGCAGUGUAGGCUGCGAUGGGCCCGGUUUCAGCGCUUCUAAAGGAUGGGACGUUGCAAGUGGCUUUGGCACUCCGGAUUUUGAGAAAAUCUUGGAUGUCCUAGGUAUUGGCGGGUCUUGA